AUGCUGCGCCUAGUGUCUCGACAAGCGUCCGCAAUGCUCCGCUCCUCCACUCAGAGCUUCUCGGCGGGAGCGGCGGCCGGUGGACUCAGUGACGACGUUCGUCAACGAAUCGACGGAAUUGUGAAGAAGGAUGACGUUGUCGUCUUCAUGAAGGGAACACAACAGGAACCGGCGUGCGGAUUCUCGAGAAAUGUCAAAUUGGUGCUUGACUUCCACAACGUGAAAUUCCGUGACUACAACGUGCUGACAGACGCCGAGCUCCGCGAAGGCGUCAAAAUUUACAGCGAAUGGCCGACGAUUCCACAAGUUUAUGUGAAGGGGGAGUUCGUCGGCGGAUGCGAUAUUCUCGUCUCGAUGCACAAAGAUGGCGAAAUUUCCGAUUUUCUCGAUGAGAAGGGAAUCCCGAAUAAGUAUGGAAAUGCGAAAUAA